AGGCAGCUGUUUUAGGCUUGGAAACAAAAUGGUUAAUUGAAUCACAGGUUUGAAACUCAAAUCGUGAUUGUCUUUUCUGGACGAAUCGCAGCAUUUCUUUGUUUGAGAAGAAGUUUGGCGUUGCGCGACAGGCUCAGAUGAACGUUCGGUUGAUUUCAUUGACCGGGAAAAUGGUUGUGUUUGGCAACGAUCAACAUAAAAUGAAUGAACUAGAGGUUGGUCCUUUUUUAACACCGUCUUUUUUGUUUUGUUAAAUUAUUAUUACUGCCCGGAUGUGAUUUAUGUUGUUGUUGUUGGUGAUUUCGACAACCUCAAUAAAGUUUAUAAAACCACGUUACCAUCCGCAUGAAGCAGGGAAAUCGCAACUAACAUUCAGCUCUUACAUGUCCCGAGCCUUUUUGCUUUGUCUUGAAUUGCCUUGUCAUGCGGCAUCUUUAUUAUGUUUAAUAUUGUCUUUAUAAAUUUUCUAAAGGCUAGUCUUGACUCAUUCAAAUAGUUCUGCCGAUAUUUGACCAUGUUGAUACUGCCUUUUUUUUAUUACAUGGCCCUUAUUUUAUGUUCGUUUUAACUAACCAUACUUCACCUAAAUCAUGUUUUAAUUUCCGUCCAAAUGUUUUCUGAUUCAGACCAAAUGAGGCUUUUUUGUCAAUUUCGUACACAUUUUGUAAUCGUUAUAUCCUGGAGUAGCGGUGCAUACUGAUUUUUGUUGAUUGUUUCGCGGUCACUGGGUGUUGUUAUGGCACCAUCGCAACCCCGAACCAGGUACCGGGAUCAUGGCCCAAUCAGGAUCUCAGUUGUUACAGGAGCUACAGAUGGAAUUGGGAAGUCCUAUGCUGAGGAGCUUGCUCGCCGGGGUUUUUCAAUGAUGUUGAUCAGUCGCUCUCAGGAGAAGCUGGAUGAUGUGGCCAGGUCACUCGAGGAGCAGUUUCAUGUCCAGACAAAGACCAUCGCAGUUGAUUUUGGAAGGACUGACAUUUACUCCAAGAUCGAGGAAGGACUGGCUUGUCUGGAGAUUGGAGUGCUGGUCAACAAUGUUGGUGUGUCCUACCCUUACCCAGAGUACUUCCUUCACAUUCCUGAUCUUGACAAUUUCAUCACAAACAUGAUCAACGUUAACAUGACCUCAGUGUGUCAGAUGACCCGGCUGGUGCUGCCCAGAAUGGCAGAGAGAUCCAAAGGUGUAAUUCUCAACAUCUCCUCCGCCAGUGGCAUGUACCCUGUACCUCUACUAACGGUCUACUCUGCUACAAAGGCUUUUGUGGACUUCUUUUCUCGUGGUCUUCAGGAAGAAUACAGACGCCAGGGCAUCAUCAUCCAAAGUGUGCUGCCAUUCUUUGUGGCCACUAAAAUGACCCGGAUUCGGAAACCCACUCUCGACAAGCCAACCCCCGAACGCUAUGUGGCAGCUGAACUAAGCACCGUUGGUCUGCAAAGCCAAACUAAUGGUUACUUUCCCCAUGCUGUUAUGGGAUGGGUGACCACCAAAUUGGUGCCAAGCAACAUUGUCAUCUUUUUAGGUGCGAGGAUGAACCGCCUGCAGCGUACUGGUUAUUUGCAGCGUCGUAAGCUACGACAGCAAAAUGGUGCUGGUCCAAAAACUGAAUAGGUGGUGGCCCAGUUCUAGCCUAGUACAGCCUUCAGGUGUUGUCUGUUAGUUAUAAUUAUGAUUAAUUGACCUCACUGCCAUGUUGCGCAUGUGCGAUUGUGAAGUAUUUGUGGAAAGAACGUGUGUAUGUGAUGAAUACUUACAAGGUAUAUUAGGUAUAACACUGACAGGAAAAAGGGUACUGAUAAUAAAUCCUGCUGUUGUAAGCAGUGCAAAUGGUGGUGGUAUUUUUUUUUUUUUCUGGACCGUUAUUUAUUUUAGACUUGUACAAACUCACAAUUGGCUUGCUUAGGUAUCAAUCUGUGUAUUCAUGUUAUGAAACCCAGAUUUAUGGGAAGUUCCACUGAGGCAUCGUCUAAGCUACUUUUUACAAUGACUGAGGCUCUUCUUACUAUACUAUCUCUAGGGCCUCCUGACUGAGUGGAAUUUUUUUUUUUAAAUGUAUUUCAAAAAUGUUUUCAUAGCGCACACAUCUUUGUUUCUUAUUAAAAAAUGGCGCAGUUACUUCACUGUCAAUUGUGCCUUUGCCAUGUUGAAAUGUGAAUUCUGUAAUUACCCGUUGUAACCUCUCCCUAAGGAACUGCUUUGAAUGGAGGAAAAACACUUCACUUUCAUAGUGCAGGCAGUUUAUUCUGUUGCACUACAGUUACAUUUUCUAUUUGUUAUUAAAAAUGCAUAUGCUGCACAAA